AAGAGCAAGAGAAGAGAGUGCGCACAAGUCUCUCUCUCUCUCUCUCUCUCUCUCUCUCUGGAGUUCUUGUGGAAUUUUGGAUUCAAGCCCCUCUAAAAUUCCCUAAUUCUCUCCAUCUCAAACCCUAGCCACCACCAUCUCGAUCUCCGUCUCUAUCUCCAUCUCCAUCUAUGGCUUCCUCUCCCCCGCCGGAUCGGCCUUUGGAUGAGUCCAUUUUGGUGAGCUACGAUGGUGGGGAGCCGGUGAUCGAUGGCAAUGUUGCUGGCCGAGCAUCUGCGAAGAAGCCGGCGGCUUGGAGCAAGCCAUCGUCAAGCUGCACUUCUGGGGAUGUUGGCCCUGUCAUGGGUGGCGCCGCCUCCUGGCCCCCUCUCCCGGAAUCCUCCCGUUCCUCCCCAAAGCCCUCUCUCUCUGAUCCUCCUAAGGAUCCAUCACCGCCACCUGUGAUCUCUUCUCCCACAAAGAAAUCCAUCCCUAGCAACUCGAACCCUAACCCUAAUUCGCCGAGGAACCAGCCUGCGCUUGCACGGCAUAAAUCGAUGAAGCGCGGCGGCGGAGGCGGCGCUGGUGAUGGAGUGAGUAGCAGCAAUAGUGGGCCGGUGAAUGGUGGGGAGCUGCCACCUGCUGAAGCUCCUCCUGUAGAGGCUGUUAAGGGUAACCACAACGGGGAUCAUGGGUUUAGAAGCAGUGGGCCUGAUCAUCAACGCAGCAGCUAUGGUGGUGGUCGAAGGGGGAGCAAUGGCGGCAAUGCUCCCCAUCAUAACAAUUUUGGGCAUCGACGAGAUCAGGAUUGGGGGCAUCGGAGUUUUAAUGGUAGGGAUAGCCAUAUGCAACCUGUGCAGAAUCCACGAGGUGGUGGCCCUCGGCCAUAUAUCAGGCCUGCUUCUCCGGCGGCUGCUACUGUGGCAUCACCAUUCAUUGGGCCACCUCCUCUACAGAGCCAGCCGUAUGGGCCGCCUCCUAUUGGAUUCCCUGAUAUGAACUCUGCGUUGUACUCUAUGGCGCCACCUCUUGAGCCUUUUGGUGGUGUGCCUUUUAUCACUGCGGUGCCCCAAGCUCUGUAUAUACCAACUAUGGACUCUUCUCAUCGUGCUGCAUUGUUGAAACAGAUAGAUUAUUAUUUUAGUACUGAAAAUCUAUGUAAAGAUACAUACUUGCGGCAAAAAAUGGAUGAACAAGGCUGGGUUCCUGUUUCUCUGAUUGCUGGCUUUAACAAAGUCCAACAGUUGACAAAUAACAUACAUUAUAUUCUGGAUACAGUGCAGUAUUCGACAGUAGUGGAAGUGCAGGGUGACAGAAUAAGGCGGCGCAAUGAUUGGAUGAAUUGGAUGCUUCCCCAGCCUAACUAUGACACUCUUCCAAUUCACAUGCAAGGUAUCAGUCUAGAGGAUGGGGUUACUAACAACAAUAGCAGGAGAGGUUCAACUCAUGCUGCACUCUCUCUUAGUCGAUCAUCAUCGGGGAACCUCAAUGAACAAUCACAAGUUGGCCGUGACCCUUUGGUUGAUGGGAAUUUUGGUUACACUGAUAGGCAUCUUAGGUCCGCAAGAAGCUUGAGCAGAAGCUGA